UCCGGUACCGGUCAGCGCCAUGGCUUUGAUUUCGGGGCGAGUCCCGGCAGGCCACGCGGUCGUCACCCGCAUAGCGCGACGCGGCAUUUCCAGCAUCGGCAGUUCGGUGACACCGUUCUGGCCCACGGAGCUGGAUGCCAGCGUGUCCGACGGUUCCUUGAAAAACUCCUUGGGAUCCCUGGGGUCUCUUGGCUCGGCGGAGCGUACCGCUUUUCUGCCGGGUCGCGGCAUAGCCUUGAGUGGUGAUCUGGCGGACUUCGCCGGGCGGAAACCUACGCCUUUGAGUUUGACUGAGAUCUUGGGCAUGAAGACGCCGGAGCGACUACAGAGUAUCUUGCAGGAGGAGUUGCCGGUGCGACUGGCCAAUCGGAUUGCUCAUUUGGACAUGUUGCCCGACCUCGAGGACAUGUCGGACAUCCUGAGCGUCCGCGGCGACUUCUCUGCUGCCUUCCAGGAAGUGCGACAGGCGAAGCCUGAGGACUUCAAGGACGUGAUCCGAAGCUUCAAGAAGCGCAAUGAGGAUCACGCCCUGCGACUGACCCGAGGCAUGGCGGCCUGGAGUGACCUGCAACGGACCAAGGGGGAGCCCUACGAAGAGACACGUGCUUUCGUGGAUAGCUUCUUGAACCGCCUCUUCCUGUCGCGGAUUGGAAUGGAGACCUUGACCUCGCAAUAUUUGGCGCUCUCCAAAUGUCCUGAUGGCAUGGUGGAUGUGACCUGUGAUCCGUGCAAAGUCUGUGCCAGUGCUGCCAAGCAAGUGACCGAACUGGCUGGAGAGUACUUUGCGUCCGUCCCUCGAGUGGAGAUCUCCUUCCAUGGGAGCGAAAAGGCUCGAAAGUUGCCUCUAAUCCCUCACUACUUGUUCUACAUUGUGGCGGAACUGUUGAAGAAUAGUUUUCGCGCUGUGGCCGAGACUCAUCUGGCUUCCGGCGCCACGGGGAAUCCCGAGCCACUGCAGAUUCGCGUGGCCUGCGAUGAAGCUCAGGUGGCCCUGCUGAUCAUGGACAGGGGCGGAGGCAUCCCUUUCGAACGCCAGCCGCAUGUGUGGAGCUACAUGUAUUCUACAGCUAGGGGCAAUCAGAUCUGCCAAGAGACUGGGCAUAUGCUGGAUCAGGGCACCGCCUCUCCCACACCCUUCAGCGGCUACGGCGUCGGCUUGCCAUUGUCCCGUCUCUACGCGGAGUACCUGGGGGGCUCCUUGCAUCUCAUGAGCAUGCCAAACUUUGGCACCCACGCCUAUCUCUUUCUGCAGCAAAGCUCUGACAGAGAGGAAGCGCUUCCAAACUAUGUCAACUGGCUCCGGAAGCGGAAAUUGAGAGAGGAGAUUCAGCACUACGAGUCCUCCGAAAAGAUCGCGGCAGCCUCCAGGGACUACGCGGAGGCAUUGAGAUUUAAGGCCUUGAGCGCUGAAGCUCAGGUGGAGCUCUCCAAAUUGGAAGCCUAACGGAGCUGAAAUUUUU